GGACGACGACGAGGAGAUGCAGAUGUCGGAGAGCGACGAGGAGUAACUGGAUGGAUGCAACACGAUACGAUACCCAUACGGAAAGAGGUUCAGCGUUACGGAAUGAAUCGAGGAUGCAUGUUCCAUCGCCGUCUGUGGCCUCUGGCGCCAAAGUGGGUAUGUGGCUGACUCUUACCAGGGUUUCGGGUGCGGCUGCAGGUCUUCGAGAAGAUGUCCUGAGGCUCGCGGGCCUUCGCGAUUGGCUCUUUCGCACCGCACCUUCUGCUACAUAAAAUGGACCUGGGAGCCAGAUCUUCGCUGCC